UAGCGGAUGUUUACAGCGGCUGAGAUCCGUCCGAAGCGACAGAAGCGUCCGAAGAACUGCUAUCCGAGACUAAAUCCCAGGGCUGCUGAGCGCCGAGGUUCUUAUAUAAUCCAUGCUGGCCUGGAACUCACUGAAGAUGAACUUGAACUCCUGAACAGGAGCUGCUUUGAUUCAGAAAGGCUACUAAUCUUCUGUGGUUUGGUAGUCUUUUCUUCAGCAGUUUAUAUCAGCAUCACCAACUUUUAAGAAAUAAAGCCAUUAGUUUGGAAAAGUCACCUGAGUCUUGCUUGGUUGUAAUCUUGAACAUGGGCGGUGCUGUGAGUGCUGGUGAGGACAACGAUGAGCUCAUUGAUAAUCUGAAGGAAGCCCAGUACAUCCGGACGGACUUAGUAGAGCAGGCUUUCCGAGCUAUUGAUCGAGCAGAUUAUUAUCUUGAAGAAUUUAAGGAAAAUGCAUACAAAGACUUGGCAUGGAAACAUGGAAACAUUCAUCUCUCAGCCCCGUGCAUCUACUCGGAGGUGAUGGAGGCUCUGGAUCUGCAGCCUGGGCUCUCAUUUCUGAAUUUGGGCAGUGGUACUGGCUACCUCAGCUCCAUGGUGGGGCUCAUUCUAGGUCCUUUUGGUGUUAACCACGGGGUGGAGCUUCAUUCAGAUGUGACUGAGUAUGCGAAGCAGAAACUGGAUGUCUUCAUCAGAACAAGUGACAGUUUUGACAAAUUUGACUUCUGUGAACCUUCCUUUGUAACUGGCAAUUGCCUGGAGAUUGCUCCAGAUUGUUGUCAGUAUGAUCGUGUAUAUUGUGGAGCUGGUGUGCAGAAAGAACAUGAAGAGUACAUGAAAAAUCUUCUCAAAGUUGGAGGGAUCCUUGUCAUGCCCUUGGAAGAGAAGUUGACAAAGAUAACACGCACAGGCCCUUCUGCUUGGGAAACAAAAAAGAUUCUGGCUGUUUCCUUUGCCCCUUUGGUCCAGCCUUGCCGUUCAGAGUCAGGACAGUCCAGACUUGUCCAACUACCACCACCAGCCGUGCGCAGCCUGCAGGACCUGGCCCGGCUUGCUAUCCGUGGCAGCAUCAAGAGGGCUAUGCGCCAGGAAGCCACCAGAGGAGGUGGCCUGAAGAGCACACCUAUGUUUAAAAGAAGGCGAGUCCGUCGCCGCAGAAUGGAGACCAUUGUCUUUUUGGAUAAAGAGGUGUUUGCUAGUCGAAUUUCCAACCCCUCUGAUGACACCAGCUGUGAAGAUGCAGAGGAGGAUCGGCGGGAAGUGGCAGAGAGGACCUUACGAGAGGCCAAGCCUGAGCCACCAGUGAACUUCCUUCGUCAGAGGGUAUUGCGCCUCCCGUUGCCUGACCCCCUGAAGUACUACCUGCUGUAUUAUAGGGAAAAGUGAGCUGUGAGAGAGUGGAACCAGGAUAUCCAGAGAAAACUGCUGGCCAGGUACACGUCUUCCCUUUCUUGGUUCCUGUCUAUCUUCAAACUUUUCAUUUAAUGGUGUGAUUUAUUCAAGCACAGUCUAACAAGAAACUGCAUAGAAUUAUUUUCCUUGGGGGUGGGGUAGGGUGUGCAUCUUUUUGGCUCUACUGUAACUUGAGCUCAUUGAGAACUGCAUGUUGGAUCCUGUGUGAAGCAAGGGGCAAGUCUGUAAAGGCGUGACAUACCACCAUUCAGCUUGAAUUUUAUGUGAUGGUUUUGUUGCUGGCAUCGAGUUCUUCUGACUUUUGCUUUUUUCUAGGUUGGAAAAUGUUGAAAAUCCUCCCUUAUUUAAGUCAAAAUAACCAAAUAUUAUGUGAAAUAUGAAAAAUAACUUUUUAAAGAAAAAGAGACGCAGAAGGAGUGAUAAUGUAUAGAACUGCCAGAUGUCUUUCUGGAAUUUCCAAAGAUUUUCAAGCAGUUGAUCCCCCCCCCCCCACCAUUCCUUCUGAUACUUUAUAGGAACCACCAUCAAGUAAUCUCUUUUUCUGACAGGAAAAGUUUUUCCUGAACCAUAGCAGUGAUUCAUGAGUCAUUGAACUGCAAAGACCAGAGCAGUUCUAAGGUAUUUACAUGAGAAUUUUCAGUGCAGGGGGAGAGACUGCAGUGUUACAGUAAGCCCAUGCUUCUUGACUUUGGUUUGCAGUCUUUCUUUGAUUAUAUUAGAGUACCAGGUCAUAGAUUUUUAUCUUUUAUAAUUCUGGAGAAAAAAUGGUUAGUUUUGUAAAUUUUCUUAAGAACAGAUAUAUGUAUUUUACUAGCUCCAUUGCAUUAGAGCAGUUUAACUUAGUGACUUGUGAAAUCUAUUCUCUCCAGGCCAUGGGUGUUGAGAACUAUCAAGUUUAAAAAAAAAAAAAAAAAAAAAAAGGCAACCUUUCUGGCUGUUAGAGGGCAGGACUUGAAAUUACAUUGCUGAUUCCAAAAGCUGGCUCCUAAAAAAAGUUUCUAGCCCAAAGAAAAGAAUAGUGUAAAUUAUUAGUAGUAAGCCCAAAUUAGAGUAUUAAUUUAGAAUUAAGUGCUGAGAUUUUAUGAUUUACUUUUAGCUUAGCUUCAUGUGACUUGCAGGGAGAAAUUUGAUAGUUCUGUGAUUUCUCCAGCUUAAAUGGUAUUUUGGUUCUUCUUCUUCUUCUUUUUUUUUUGUCAAGUUAGUUUAAUCAUUUUUACCACACAGUAUAGUCUGCAUGUAUAGCUGGGAAAACAUAUAACGCCCUACAUUAUACAUAUGAUGUACACUUGCAUUACUUUAAAUAUAAGCUACUUAAAGUUCAUAGUUGUUUUUACUUGACUUUUAACUCCAAUUUGGGCUUCUUUUCUUUCAGAGAUAAAUGCAUGCUUUAACUUGACUUGCAAAUGUUUGUAGUUUGCAGAUCUUUCUUGAUGUUAACUCUAAUUGUUAGCUAGACUUUUAUGUUACCUGGAAAUUUUUGGACAUAAACUUAAAUAAAUGAUAUCUGUGAAGUUUGUAUAUUAGGUGGAUUGAUUAAAUUUUUCCUGUGAUUGAAUAUGGGCUACAUUUUGAAAAGCCACAUUUGCCUUUAUGCUGGAUUUUUCUUAAAAAUUACAAUGUGUAAGACAUUUUCCCUUUAUAUGUUAAACUUUUCUUAGUAUUUUGUAUUUAUAUUUUAUCACUUUGUGAUUUUAAACCACAAUUCAGUGAAAUAUAGUUGUAACAAGUGAGAAAUAGAUUGGCCUUUAUAUUAUACUACCAGAGAAAGUUGAAAUUUUCUCAUUAACACUUUGCUGCCAGAAUUCAAUAUAUACCAAUGGUAUAUACAAUAACAUCCCACGUUUUGUUUUCAGACUAAUAAAUCUUAAUAUAGUCAAAUGUUUGUCUUCAGGAUCUGUAUUGUAAACAAAAUACUGACAAUGGCUGUGUUUUAAGGAAUGGGUAUUUUUAAACAUGUGACUUCUGUUUUAAGAAUCAAAGGUAUACAUAAAAAUAGAUUUGUCAACAUGGAACUUAAAGUUGAAAAUCCAAGAAAUUAGAAACACUGAUUUUUUUUUUUAAUGAGGUGAAACAUAUGGGUAAACACAAAUGAAUCAAUAAAAAAGUGUUACACAUUUUA